UCUCAUUUUCAACGAAAUAUCUUUAAAAAAAAAAAAAAAAAAUUUAAAGAGAAGAAGCUUUGAUCUCCAGAGAUGGCUUCAGUCACUUCAAUCGCCACGCCUUACCCAUCUUCAUCGCAGGCUUUACGUCUCAAGUCCACAGGAAACACUCUUUUCUCCGUCGGAGUAAGAUCAGCAGCUAUGGGUUGUUCAUCAGUGCAAAGAACGCUCAAGAUUCGUUGCGCUUCUACGAAACCUGCGAAACCAGCAGCUGAAGUCGAUUGGAAACAGAAGAGAGAGCUUCUUUUGGAGAAAAGGGUGAGAAGUGUGGACGUGAAGGAAGCUCUACGGUUACAAAAAGAGAACAACUUUGUCAUUCUUGAUGUUAGACCAGAGGCAGAGUACAAGGCGGGUCAUCCUCCGGGAGCUAUCAAUGUGGAGAUGUACAGACUAAUUAGGGAAUGGACAGCAUGGGACAUAGCUCGCCGUCUUGGAUUUGCUUUCUUCGGUAUCUUCUCUGGCACAGAAGAGAAUCCAGAGUUUAUUCAAAGUGUAGAAGCUAAGCUUGACAAAGAGGCAAAGAUCAUAGUAGCCUGUUCAUCCGCGGGGACAAUGAAGCCGACUCAGAAUCUCCCUGAAGGCCAACAAUCAAGGUCUCUCAUAGCUGCUUAUCUUCUGGUCCUCAACGGCUAUAAGAACGUAUUUCACCUUGAAGGUGGAAUAUACACAUGGAGCAAGGAAGGUCUUCCUGUUGAAGCAAUUGAAGAAGACUAAUCAGCUUCGUCACUCUAGAGUUAUCCAGUUUUGUAUAUCUGUCCAUUUCAGGUAGUGGCAUUUAGAGAUUUGGCUUUUCAGAGUGUGUUUUUUAAGAUUUGUAAAACUUCAGAACUACCAUAAAAAUUCAGCAAAGUCAA